GUGGACUAUCACGCAGCCACGGUGUGUUCUCGUACAUUCCCUCUCUCUUUACUUCUGUCUUGUUUAUCUCUCUCCAUAUAUAUUUUAUCGUUAACCAAAAAGGCAUAAUACCCGCUGUUGACAAAUAAACCAACCGGCCACGUCUGAACGACACCAGACUGAAGCAAUGACAGGCUCAAAUGAGUACAAGCUGAACCAGGGACCAGAGGAUGGCAUCUCUGCUGUCAAGUUCAGCCCCAGCACAGCCCAGUUUCUCCUGGUUUCCUCUUGGGACUGCACCGUCCGUCUCUAUGAUGUGGGAGGCAACACCAUGCGAAUGAAGUACCAGCACACAGCUCCAGUUCUGGACUGUGCAUUUUAUGACCCCACACAUGCUUGGAGUGGAGGUUUAGAUGCACAGUUAAAAACGCAUGAUUUGAACACAGAUCAAGACACAAUAGUUGGAACACAUGAUGCCGCCAUUCGUUGUGUAGAGUACUGCCCAGAAGUUAAUGUCAUGGUAACGGGUAGCUGGGAUAGAUCAGUUCGACUGUGGGACCCACGGACACCCUGCAAUGCUGGCACCUUUACUCAGCCUGACAAGGUGUAUACCCUCUCUGUGGCUGGAGAUAGGCUGAUUGUUGGCACAGCUGGAAGACGAGUCCUGGUCUGGGAUUUAAGAAACAUGGGCUACGUACAGCAAAGAAGAGAGUCCAGCCUGAAGUAUCAGACUCGCUGCAUUAGAGCCUUCCCCAACAAACAGGGAUAUGUCUUGAGUUCAAUUGAGGGACGUGUAGCUGUGGAGUACCUGGACCCAAGCCAGGAGGUUCAGAAGAAGAAAUAUGCUUUCAAGUGCCACAGGCUGAAGGAAGAAGGAAUCGAGCAUGUUUAUCCUGUCAAUGCCAUCUCAUUUCACAGUGUUCAUAACACCUUUGCCACAGGUGGCUCAGAUGGCUUUGUGAACAUCUGGGACCCAUUCAACAAGAAGCGCCUGUGUCAGUUUCACCGGUACCCGACCAGUAUCGCAUCACUGGCCUUCAAUAAUGAUGGCACCAUGCUUGCAAUUGCCUCCUCCUACAUGUUUGAGAAAGGAGACAUCAGCCAUCCAGAGGAUGCCAUCUUCAUCCGCCAGGUUACAGAUGCUGAGACAAAGCCCAAGUCAACCUAAGUACACAGAGGAAGAGUUCCCUCUGCAUUUGAAGCCUUUAUCACAUUGGAUUUAUCUGCUGGCAUCUAGAUGUUUUCCUUUCAUUUCUUUCCAUUCCCAAACAGCAUUUGUAAUUUAAGUAACAUUUGUUACGUUUUUUUCUCUUUUCUGGUUUGUCAAAUAUUUCAUUCUUGUUUUGUUCUUUCUUGACUAAAUAAUUUUUGUAAAUACUGUACCUUUUUUGACUUUUUUUUCUUUCUUUGCCACACUGUAGUUGUCCUUGGAUCAGCCUUUUAAUGCUGACAGUUUGAUACUUGGAAUAUAAUAAAUGUUCAGAUUUGACCAA